GUGCCGAGGCUGGAGCGGUUCGUGAACUCGCUCGUCAUCAACGCCGCGGUGCUGAUAAUCGACAAGCUGUACGAGGGGAGGGAUUACAGCCGGUUCUACGCGCUCGAGACGGUCGCGCGCGUGCCGUACUUCUCCUUCCUCUCCGUGCUUCACCUGUACGAGACGCUGGGGUUCUGGCGCAGGGCGGACUACCUCAAGGUGCACUUCGCGCAGACGAUGAACGAGUUUCAUCACCUGCUCAUCAUGGAGUCCCUCGGCGGCGACGACAAGUUUCGAGACCGCUUCUUCGCGCAGCACAUGGCCGUGGGGUACUACGGCAUCGCGUGUCUGAUGUAUCUCGUGUCUCCCAGGAUGGCGUACAACCUGAGCGAGCAGGUGGAGGAGCACGCGUACCACACCUACGACGUGUUUUUGAGAGAGAACGAGGAGAGGUUGAAGCGCCAAUCGCCGCCGCCCAUCGCCGUGCAUUACUACCAGGAGGGCGAUCUGUUCCUCUUCGACGAGUUCCAGACCGGCGCGGUGACCGGCGUCGCGAGAGGCGCGGACAAGCGCCGCCCGAGAAUAGAUUCGCUGUACGACGUCUUCGUGAACGUUCGCAACGACGAGGCGGAGCACAUGAAGACGAUGCAAUUUUGUCAGCUCCCGGGGACCAUAUUGCGCGCGCCG